AUGUCAACCAGAACGAACUCCACUACUACCCCUUCGAUUACACAAAGAGUUCAAAUUUCAUCUGGAACAAUUCAGACCUCGCGCCGUCUUGAAGUGCGUCGUUCUGGAAUCAGAAAUAGUAACGCUCAAGAUCAAAACGCCCGCACGAGCGUGAACAAUAGAAAGAGGAACAACAAUCCUCAUCAUAAGAAAACCCACCGACCACUACCUCACCAUCGUGAUCAAGCCGAUCCCGAUGCAACAAAAAACGGCAGAAGUAGUAGUCAAUCUUCGUCUGGAGAUAGCGAAUAUAAUCAAUUUGAAGAAUCUCAUUCCUCUGUCGCGAUUACAGUGCCUGAGUUGAAUGAAUUGUCACUUAAUGACACCGAUCUUGCAAAUUAUGGUGCACCUGCGAGAAGAGGUCAAAUCUCUCUUAAUCAUCUUCUGAAUUUUUCGUUUCCACCGAGACAACAACAUGUUAUUUCCAGUGUUCCCCGUAAGCAAAGGGCAUCCAAUUACCAACCGUUUAAUAAGGAACGUUUCGUAAAUGCAAAUUUUCGUUUCCUUGUUAGCUCUAUGGGAGAUUACACCAUUUAUCAAGUUGAUCCUGAUCUUUUACUUCAAUGGGAAAAUAUUGAACAAGUGUUGUCCAAUAUGCUUGCAACAACCAACUGCCGCUCGAGUUACAAACCAAAUAAAAAGUGGCGCAGAUGUCCAAUUUGUUGGGACUCGGUGUACGCAAAAGAUCUUAAAAGCGUUAGAUUCUGGGCUGUAAGAAGCAUAAAAAGUGUCGGAGAAGGAGGAUCAACAAAUGAAUAUGAGAUAAUUACAAUGCGUCUCAUUCAAAGAAAUGCGAGUUCAACUUUGGCGCUACCACGUUCUUCUACCUGGCCGUCUCGCAACGAAACUUCGGCUCUUCCUUCAACACCAUGGCACUUCUCCCCAGAUGCUUUGGUAUUUUCAAAAUUAAUGCUCACAUCAAUAGGCUACAUGAGAGAUGAAUAUAGCAAAGAUCUGAAAGAUCUUCGGGAGGCGCUCCAAGAUGCCAGAAGCUUUGACUCGACCGAAGAAAUUCCCUUCAUUGAAAUGGCAAUUGUAAACAUAAAGGAACACUUGGAUAAACUUCCGGUGUCUUCAAUAAUUGACCUUAACGAGGCUGAAAGACGAGCUCGCGAAUUAAUUACCAUCUCUGAGAGGAUUGAAAAAAGACCGUCAAGUCUAGAGGAAAAAGACCCUCAGGUGGUCGAGAGAAAUGGUAUUGUGGGUGGUAUGGAGAUCUCAUCAGAAUCCGGAAAUGAUCCUCCUCCCUUUUUACCAGACGAAUUUAGAGAGCAACCGCAUAUAGCUAAUAUUUUGCCGCAUCCAAAACCAGAACAGAAAUUGAAAACAAAAUCUGUCCAGCCACUUGUUUCAAAUGAUGGAAAUUAUUAUUUCUAUCAAUCUGAAGAUGGACAACACCUUUAUUUACAUCCUCUGGAUAUUCGUAUUCUGAAGCAAGAAUUUGGAACAUAUGAACGUUUCCCAAAUGAGAUAACCGUCAGGAUCGUUGGAGUCGAAGAGACCACGAUUACUGAGGAACUUCGAAAACGCUGCAAGUACCUAAGUCAUUUACCUCUAAGCUGUGAUGUGACAUUUUUGGAAGUCGAUUUGAAAGGGGUUGUUUCUGAUCUUACAUUGCAGGGGUUUUCAAGAGAACUUCGACAGCGUAAAAAUCGUCGAGAGGAAAAGGCGCACAAAGAAAGGCGUUUAUACGAGGCGACCAUUCACAAGGAAAGACGAGGAAACAAUAACCGACAAGUGUUGAAUUAUGUUGAACCUUUUUCUCAAUCCAAUUCCACUGGUGAAACGAGCAGUAGCAGCAAUUAUUGGGUUCCACCUGGUGUUAAUGAGAAUGGGCUAAACAAAGAUAACGUCAAAAAUAGUAAUACAUCCACUUUAUACAGUGGACCGAAGACUGUGUGGGGAACACCAGCGGUACCUCCCGUUAAUGUGACUCAUGGUAGCAAAGUCAUAGGUGAAAAUGAUGGCAUUGAUAACACUUGGAACAUUCCGGAAGAGGAAGUUUAUAUCGGUAAAAAGCAGAAGAAGAAAAAACUCGUCUUGAUGUCGACGGGCGGAAGGAGGCAACUUUAA